AUGAUUGAGUCUCUGAUUUCGAUGAUUCGAUACCUCUCACCAAAACAGGACGAUGAUGCUACCGACCGUCUGCAUUAUCUUUACACUGCAAAUAUUCUACUUGCAUUUGCGGUACUGAUUAGUUUCAAACAGUUUGGCGGUCGACCUCUGGAAUGCAUGUUUCCUAACAAAUUUCCUGGAUCUUGGGAACAAUAUGCGGAAAAUUACUGUUGGUCACGUGAUACGUAUUACGUUCAACCAGACAUUCACGUAGCGACUUUAAAGCAAGAAGAAAGGUAUACGCCGGAUCGUCAGUUAUCGUACUAUAAAUGGGUACCAUUCUUUCUGCUACUGCAAGCUGCUUGUUUCCGAAUGCCAAGCGUUUUUUGGAAUUACCUAUCAUUCAGUUCUGGAAUACGAAUUCAUGACAUAGUUGAAAAAGCGAUGGAUCCAUCAAAUAUAGACGAAAGCAUUCGAAAACAGAACAUUGAAACGCUUACGCGACAUAUGCAAAAUGCAUUGAAAUUCCAUCGAAGGAUUUUAAAGCGCGAAAUUCAAGUUCAUAAACGACUCAAAAUGUUAAAUAUUCGUUACACGGCUUUUUUUAUAUCGCUGAUGUAUUUGCUUACUAAAAUAUUAUACCUUCUCAACGCACUUUUGCAGUUAUACAUACUUAAUAAAUUUUUGCGAACUGACGAAGAUACCUGGUAUGGUUUUGAUGUAAUCAAAAAUAUACUUAGUGGCACCGAAUGGACAACAUCUGGUUAUUUUCCACGCGUUUCACUUUGUGAUUUUACAGUUCGUCAAGUUGGUAAUAUUCAGCGAUAUUCAGUACAAUGUGUGCUGGUUAUUAAUAUGUUCAAUGAGAAAAUAUUUGUAUUUCUUUGGUUUUGGUAUUUAUUUCUCGUAAUUUGUACAUUUUUAUCACUUUUUUAUUGGACUACUGUGCUUACUUUACCUUGUUUUGGCCGUUGGUUCAUAUCACAAUGCUUAGAACUAUCUGAAAUAAAGUUCGACCCUGAUGCAAAAGUUUUGGAAGUAGAUCGUUUCGUGAGAAGUUACUUACGUUAUGAUGGCAUAUUUGUUUUACGCAUGGUUGAAAUUCACGCUGGUGUAAUAUUCAAUACAGAUCUGGUACUCUCACUUUGGAAUGCCUUUUAUGAAAUUGAAGAAAAGCUCUCCGAAAGUCGAGAGACAAAUGAUGACUUCAAUGAAAACGUUAACAAUUUUAUACGUGCUGACUUGAAUUUAAACGAUAAUUCAUUGAAAGACAAGUUGAUCCGUUUUCGAAAGCCUAGCAAAGAUCCUAAGUUGAUCACUGGUGCGGAUACAGUGCUUUUACCUGUAAUAUCCGAGAGUUUUUCUAACGAGCAAGGUGUAGUAUGA